AAAAAACUUUGGCACUUUUGAUAACAUAACAUUAGACAGGGACCAUUAAGUAAGGUAGAAGAGAACACAAUGAAAGCCAAGGAGCGUGUGAUCCAAAGACUUCCUAACAUUAAAGCACAAACCCUCCUUCUUUUAUACUAUUCCUCAACACCAUUUCCUCUAAAUUUGUAAUCUUUCAUUUUCAUUUGUAUGUUGUUGUUGUUGUUGUUGUUGUUGUUUAUGAAGAAGUACAGCAACGUUCAUCUCUUUGAAAAAACUCGAAAAAACGAUGCUGCUAAGGAACUCCAUAUCCAACACCAAGAAGUUCUUCCAAAGAACUUUAGAUAAUGUCAAGUCUUUUCUUUCUGUAGGAAGCACAUAUCAAAGGCUGCCUAAAACACCCCCCUUUUACCCUUUCUCUUGUGGGAGUGAUACCAACAAUGAGAUGAUGGGUAGCGAAUCAGGGUUCAACACCGAGUUGGAUGAUUUCUACAACGAGUUCACUCAUCAAUGGGACUCACGUAAGGGCAAGGUGAAGAAGACAAAGAAGAAGAAGGAUCAAAAGAACUCGGUUCUUCGUGCAUCAGUGAAAAAGAGUCAGCAGGAAAACUGUAAUUAUUAUGCUGCAAGAACUGAAGACAAAGUGAAAAUCUCAGAAAAUAAGGGUGAUUUUGUUAAGGAGAGUAAUGCAGAAAUAAGAGAGGUUUUGAAGAGUAAGGGAUUAAAUGUGAUUCCAGGGAUGAUGAGGAAACCCGAGCUGUGUUCAACAAGUGUCAGAGAAACAAGGAUGUGUUUUGCAGCAGAAAAGUUAAAGGAGUUAGAAAUGAUGGAUAAAGGGAAUGUUGAUCAUAAACUAGAUGUUGAAGAGUUUCUUCGUUACUAUUCCUGUCUUACAUGUCCUGCUUACCUUGACAUAGUUGAUAAGUUCCUAGUCGAGAUGUGUACAGAGUUUUUCGGGCCUCAGGCAUCUCCCAAGGUUAACUAUGCUAGACCCAGAUUGCAACCAUUCAAGGUUUAGACAAUGCAUCACUAAUUUUUUUAUUUUUAUUAUACAUUUGUUCUUGUUGAUCACUUGUUUCCUAGGUUUCAAAUAAAUGAUCAAUUUAUUCAGAUUGUUUCUUUUUUAAUGAGUGUGAUUUCUCAAGUAUUAUGUAACUCUAAAAUUUAAUUCUUAUGUAUGUAAUGAGUAAUGUACUUCGUAAUUUA